AUGGAACAGCGGAACCGGCUCGGUGCCCUCGGAUACCUGCCGCCUCUGCUGCUGCAUGCCCUGCUGCUCUUCGCGGCCGACGCUACAUUCACUGAAGUCCCCAAAGAUGUGACAGUACGGGAGGGAGACGACAUCGAAAUGCCCUGCGCGUUCCGGGCCAGCGGAGCCACCUCGUAUUCGCUGGAGAUUCAGUGGUGGUACCUCAAGGAGCCGCCCCGGGAGCUGCUGCACGAGCUGGCGCUCAGCGUGCCGGGCGCCCGGAGCAAGGUAACAAAUAAGGAUGCAACUAAAAUCAGCACCGUGCGCGUCCAGGGCAACGACAUCUCACACCGGCUUCGGCUGUCGGCCGUGCGGCUGCAAGACGAGGGCGUGUACGAGUGCCGCGUGUCAGACUACAGCGACGACGACACGCAGGAGCACAAGGCCCAGGCGCUGCUGCGCGUGCUCUCGCGCUUCGCGCCGCCCAACAUGCAAGCCGCCGAGGCCGUGUCGCACAUCCAGAGCAGCGGCCCGCGUCGCCACAGUGCAGCCAGCGCGGCUAACGCCUACAACGCGGGCGCCGCGAGCCGCACCACCUCAGAGCCCGGACAGGGCGACAAGAGCCCGCCGCCUGGGAGCCCUCCUGCUGCCCUUGGCCCUGAAGUCCCUGAAGCCACCGCCGCCUCCGCAGCCCACACAGCGACCACCACUGUCGCAGCCGCUGCUGCUGCUUCGUCAGCGUCACCGCCACUGGGCCAGGCGGUCCUCCUGCGCCAGAGGCACGGAUCGGGCACCAGCCGCUCCGCCACAGACCCUCUCCUGUCCCUGUUCCUGUUAGCCCUGCAUAAGUUCCUGCACCUGCUGGUGGGGCACUGACAGGCAGGGACCAGCCGCCACCCAGAGGGC